AGCUUCUUGGCUCGAGCCAGGCUGGUUCGACUUUGGGAUUUGCAUAUUCAUCGAACUGUUAUACACCUGUUUGCAUAAUAUUGGAUUUGUUUCGGGAUGGCACGAGCGGGCGUCCUUGCGUGUCUCGCCGUGAUUGGGUCAGCGCUGUCUACAGACGUCCGCAGAUGGGGAGAACUUGAGGUGGAAUCAGGGCGCCUGGGCCUGCUUGAGCGUGGGGAUGCGCUUGAAGACGAAGUCGGAGAUGGCUCGGAGCUCGACGUGAAUUCUGAGUUAGAGGACAUGAUCGAGGUGAUGGUGGAGGGCAGGCCGAAGUGGCGCAAGAACAACCGCACGCGCAGGUCCAAGGAUAACUUGACUGCCUCUCUGGACCAGAUCAUCCCACUUCUGCAGGCUGACUUCAAGAAGAAGACUGAAGCGCUGAAGAGGACGCUCCGGAGCUUCAAGGAUAAGCAGAAGGAACUUGAUUUCGCAAAGAAAGAAGCCACACUCGCCAUGAAGGACCUGCGCAAGGAGGCAGAGAAGCGCCGCAAGGUCAUUCUGGACAGGAAGAGGGCGAAGGAGGACGAGCGUCUGGCCAAGAUUGAGGCCCAUCGCGCGGCCAAGGAGGCGAUGAUCAAGAAGGCGCAGAUGCUUAUGGGGGCGAAGGCCAAUUCAGAGAUGUCGGGCAUGCUGGGCGAAGUCACUCUGGGCAUCAUGGUUGAGGUAAUGAUGGCCCUCCCGAAGGCCACAGAGAAUCCCCUUUUUAUGAAACGCAUCAACAAGGCCAAGAUAGAAAUCGCCAACACCGUCCAGGACUUCCUGAACAUCACCCGCCGCAAGACUGCAAAGUUCGCUCUGGCGAGCGGCAGGGCUUCCGACGUGGAGCUGUCCUUCUUAAUGACGCGAUACUUCCACGAGGCGUCUUUCCGCGUCAAGUCCAUGCACGCGGACGCGCAGAAGCUCGCCAGGGACCUCAACGUCGUCAUGCCGAGGGAGCUGCGUCAGGCCUUCAUGCCCAUCAUCAAACAGCUCCGCGAGCAGGCGGUCCCGCUGCGCGUGAAUGCAAGCGCGCUGGCGGCCGCGUCCCAGGCAGACGCGUGCAACGAGAUCUCUGGUCUUAUGUCCAACAUUACAGACUACAACACAAAGCUUGCGACCAUGCACACCUCCCUGCAUAAUAUCUGGCAGAUGUCCGAGCUGAUGCUGCCGCACAUGAGCAAGAUCUACCCCAUGACGCCUGAGACGAUUGACCUCGUCAAGGACUUCAUGUCGCUCGCGACAACUCAGUGUGCCGGUCUGCAGGAAUCCGCGGAUGAGAUUGUGACCCAGGUCGGCCCAGUCAUCAGUGAGCGCAUGCAGUGCACGUGGAGUGCGGCAAAGCCGCGUUUUGGCCUAGGUCUGGCCUUUGUGUUGGCGGCGCUGGUCGCCCACUUCUUUGCCUGAGGCUGGGCGGGGGCUUCAGCGGCAUAAUUUUGACAGCUGUCACUCAGCAGCGUGGGCGCCUCCUCAUCCGCCUCCUCCUCUACCCGAUCGUCCUGCUCAUCUCCUGGUCUUGCUUCUGCCACUGCUCCUGCGACUGACCGUGAUUCAGGUCAUGCUGACCCUGCUGCUGUCGCUGCCAGUGCGCUGAUGCCCCCCUCUGCUGCUCCUCCUGCCGCUCCUGCUGCUGCCCCUCCG